AUGACCAUGUCUACCACAGUACUGGUCACAGGCGGAAACCGCGGACUUGGCAAAGGCUUCGUGGCUACUUACCUAUCUACCCCGAACACCACAGUGGUAGCGACAGUCCGCGAUCUAUCCAAGUCCGAGUCUUUGUCUGCUCUUCCUAAGGCCUCAGGAUCCAGCCUGCUUAUUGUCAAGCUUGACUUAUCGUCUGCAGACUCUAUAGUCACAGCCAUAGACACUUUGAAGACGCACAAAAUUGGUGCUCUCGACAUUGUCAUUGCCAAUGCUGGGAUCUCUGGGCCGACCCGCAGCCUGGCUGAGGCACCUGUCUCUGAGCUCCAAAGGUACAUCGAUGUGAAUGCAUACGGCCCAUUCGAGCUAUUCAAAGCUGUGCUCCCUCUUCUGCGCGCUUCGAGUGCGGGGACAAAAGCGAAAUUCGUCCUCAUCUCGAGCGCCGGUGGAAGUCUGACGAACAUGUACAACUUCAUGCCUAUCCCCGCGUACGGUGCGAGCAAGGCCCUGGCUAAUUUCCUUUUCAAAUGGCUAGCGCUGGACAAUAAGGAUCUGAUUAUUUGGGCACAAAAUCCCGGAAACGUGGACACCGACAUGGCUCGGGACGGUCUCGGUGUUGCAAAGAGUUUGGGAUUCGAUCUGUCUUCAGUGCGCUUUACCCCUCCCGAAGAAUCUGCGCGUGCAAUUAUCAAAGUGAUUGACGGCGCGACUGCCGAGAUGAAUGGGAAGUUCUUAGAUCACGAUGGCUCUGAAUUAACGUGGUAG